AUGAUCUCCCCGAAGGACACUGGACAUAAUGAAGAAAGAGAGGCGAGGUUGCUUGAGAGGUGUCCUCCUGGCCAUGAAGGUACAAAGUUGGUCGACAUACCCGCCACAGUUCUCAAUGCUACCAGCGCCAUCAUUGCGUGGUACCUCCUGGAUGCCCUGAUGGAAACCACCCAGAAGGAAAUUCUGGCAGCCUCUGAUUUGCUCAGUCUGAGCCUUGCAAAAAGUGUAAAGGUUGAUGGGAGUUGGCGAACUAAUCAGGAUUGGUUCAAACCAAGCUUGGAAAAUGAUGGCAUAUCUCCCAGAUGCAUCAAUCUAUCUCUGGCUUGGUUUCAACAGGGGCAUGAGAAUCUGUCGGACCCGGCGAUAUCUGCCUCAUUGAAGGGACCAUUCUCCGAGAAUAUUCUCAAAGCCAUUGCCAGGCCGGCAGCCAUCGCAUCAGCUGCACUCAGGGUGAUGCAUCCUGAGCAGUACUGGGCUGGGAUAUGA